GGCGGCCGUUCUAAGGGUUAGCUAAAGUAUAUAGCCCUCACUUUCCUAGCUUAGAUCACGUACAACAAAAGAUCAACAACAUAGGACGUCGCAUUCUUUGGACUGGGAGAUUUACAUGUUUGUUAAACACGAGGUAGAAGUCCUGAGGGCACUGCUAGUGAGAUGUGACGACUUAUCGAAGUCUUGUCGGACCGGUUUCACCAGUCCCUAGUCACCCUCCGAACCGAGCGGGGGGUCACGAUGUAAGGAACAGUCUGCCUGUAUUUACCACAACAGCGACCGCUCCGGACGAGCAUUUUCGCCAGGAUGGAUACUUAGGAGAAGAGAAGGCGACAGGCUUGACUAAGAAGGAGUUACGGUGGAUAAGUCGUAAGGAGUUUUGCCAAAAACACACGCCCAGGGACAGCUGCCGCCAUCAUGAGUGACUUGGCUACCCGUGCGUCCCGGAGCCUGGCGAAUGUCGCCUCUGGGUUGAUCAAGUUCAACGUCGAGCAGAAGAAACAGCCCAUGCGGCGGGACUACUCUGCGCAUGAGCAGAUCAUGCAAUCCGAUGAUCCCAAUGCGCUGUCGGUCCCGGACCAGCUGGACGGCGGGCAGGUCGGGUACCAAUACGAGGGUUCCCCGCGCAUGGGCAGACGGCACGGGCUGACGUCAGGCCAUAGGGAGACGGCCAUAGCGUCACAGGCCUCGCGAACAACCACGUCACUGCAGAAGGACCUCGAGAUGGCUUCCUUCUCGGCGUCCGGGGCUGGUGGCCCUGCCAUGAAUCCGGAGGAGAGGCGGCGGCAACUGGAGGAACGCCGGAAAUACAAGCACACGGUGGCCCGACGGGCCCGCACCAUGGCCUAUUACAACCCCAUUCCCGCACAGAAGAACUGCAUCACCGACAACCGCUCCCUCUUCAUCCUCCGAGAGGACAACAUCAUCCGGAGGUACUGCAAGAGGAUAACAGAGUGGGGGCCGUUUGAGUAUUUUAUUCUCCUCACUAUCAUGGCGAACUGCGUAGUUCUAGCGAUGGAAGAUCAUCUCCCAAACAAGGACAGGACUCCGCUUUCCAUCAAACUGGAACUCACGGAACCGUACUUUCUGGGCAUUUUCUGCGUGGAAGCCGCCGUAAAGAUUAUCGCCCUGGGCUUUGUUCUACAUAAAGGGUCGUACUUACGAAACGGCUGGAACAUUAUGGAUUUCGUAGUCGUAGUCACUGGCCUCAUGUCAACCUUUGUCCAAAGUAACAAUGUCGAUUUGCGCACCCUCCGAGCGGUGAGGGUGUUACGACCACUCAAGUUGGUGGCAGGAAUACCAAGUCUUCAGGUAGUAUUGAAGUCGAUCAUCCGUGCCAUGGCGCCCCUGCUGCAGAUCGCCCUCCUGGUGCUGUUCGCCAUCCUCAUUUUUGCCAUCAUAGGCCUCGAGUUCUACACGGGGAUCUUUCACCUGGCCUGCCAUAACAAUGUAACAGGGGAGCUAGUACAAGAAGAAGUGUGCGGUGCGAAUUUUUCGUCGAUAACUAGUACGGUGUACAUGUGUAAGGAAGGGGAGCUGUGCAUCGAGUACUGGGAGGGACCCAACAACGGCAUCACCAACUUUGACAACAUCGGCUACGCCAUGUUAACCGUCUUCCAACUGAUCACCAUGGAGGGCUGGACACAAGUGCUGUACUGGUGCAAUGACUCCCUGGGGAACAGCUUCAACUGGCUGUACUUCAUCCCCAUCAUCAUCCUGGGGUCCUUCUUCAUGCUCAACCUGGUCCUUGGUGUCCUCAGUGGCAUGUUUGCCAAGGAGAGAGAACGAGUAGAAAACAGGAGGGAAUUUUUGAAGAUGAGACGCCAGGCCCAGAUAGAAAAGGAGCUGAACGGAUACUUGGAGUGGAUCUGCAAAGCCGAGGAGGUGAUUCUUGCUGAAGCUGCCCAGCGUGAGGAGGUAAUAUUAGCAGAAGACAAAGAAGCUGAGCAAAAGAGGAAAGCCCAACAGCGCAAAAAAGGGAAGAAGGGCACAUCCCAAGAGGGAGAUGGCUUCUCCCACAAGAAAGAGGAUGAAGGUGGUGCCUGUCCGAGUUGGAAGGUUUUCGAGAAGAGAAUCAGAUAUGGCAUAAGGCGCAUUGUGAAGACCCAGGUGUUCUACUGGGGUGUGAUCUGCCUCGUAUUCCUCAACACUAUCUGCACUGCCAUGGUUCAUCACGGACAGGACCCCCUUCUCACAUCCUUCCUAGAUUUUGCCGAGAUUGGCUUCCUCUGCCUCUUCAUACUGGAAAUGCUUGUGAAGAUGUACGGGCUGGGCCCCAAACAGUACUUCCGAUCAGCGUUCAACCGCUUUGACUGUGCUGUCAUCAUUGGGAGCAUAUUUGAAGUGGUGUGGACGACCCUGAAACCAGGACAAUCCUUCGGCAUCUCAGUACUACGAGCCCUCCGCCUCCUCAGGAUAUUCAAAGUAACAAAGUACUGGGGAGCGCUGAGUAACCUCGUGAUUUCCCUGCUCAACUCGAUGCGCUCCAUCAUCAGCCUGUUGUUCCUUCUCUUCCUCUUCCUGCUCAUCUUCGCCCUGCUGGGGAUGCAGCUGUUUGGAGGAGAGUUCAACUUUGACGAUGGACGGCCCGCAAGCAACUUUGAUACCUUCCCAAUAGCAUUGCUGACAGUAUUCCAGAUCUUGACCGGAGAGGAUUGGAACGAGGUAAUGUACGCUGCCAUCAAGGCUAAGGGAGGAGUCAAAGGGCAGGGAAUGAUCUACAGCUCCUACUUCAUCAUACUCGUCAUGUUCGGCAACUACACACUGCUGAAUGUGUUCUUGGCCAUCGCUGUGGACAACUUGGCAAAUGCCGAAGAAAUCACAAAAGGUGACGUAGAAGAAGACGAGGAGAAAGCUAAAGCUCGCGAACAGAAGAUUAAGGAGGAACUGAAAGACUUCAGCCCAACCUCUGGCCCUCCACACGGCCCUACCACCAUCAUAGCUCUGGAUGCCGAUGAGAGAGAUGAGUUUGGUAAGUCCCUGCAGAGAGGUGCACAUGGUGAUAGGAGAGGCACUAAGGAUGGUGAUGGAGAAAAAGCAGAGCAUGAAGAGGAAUACGGGGAGCCCAAACCGAUGGUGCCUUAUAGUUCCAUGUUCAUCUUCUCCACCACCAAUCCCGUGCGUCUUGCUGCCCAUUGGAUCAUCAACCUGCGGUUCUUUGAUCCUGCCAUCAUGUUCGUAAUCGUCUGCAGCAGCAUCACACUAGCAGCAGAGGAUCCUGUCAACAAAGUCUCGCAGAGAAACGAGAUUCUGAAAUAUUUUGACUACGUUUUCACCGGGAUUUUCACCUUUGAGAUGACGAUCAAGUUGAUUGACAUGGGAGUGGUGUUACACAAGGGUGCCUACUUCAGGGAUCUGUGGAACUUUCUGGAUGCAGUGGUCGUAACAGGAGCUCUGGUUGCCUUUGCAUUCAGUGGUUCCCAAGGAGGAGGAAAGAAUCUGAACACUAUCAAAACACUUCGGGUGUUGAGAGUGCUCAGACCGCUUAAGUCUAUAAAAAGACUACCGAAACUCAAGGCUGUGUUUGACUGUGUAAUCCACUCCAUCAAGAACGUCAUCAACAUCCUGAUAGUUUACAUGCUGUUCCAAUUCAUCUUCGCGGUCGUAGCCGUGCAGCUCUACAAGGGCAAGUUCUACUACUGCACGGACGCCUCCAAGAACAAGGAGGAAUCCUGCCAGGGUUAUUAUUUAGAAUAUAACGACGACGAAGUCAACGUGCAACCCAGGGAGUGGAAGCGAAGAGACUUCCAUUAUGACAAUGUGUUUUGGGCCCUCCUAACACUCUUCACUGUCACUACUGGGGAAGGAUGGCCAGCGAUCUUGCAGUGGUCCAUGGACUCGACAACAGAGAACACCGGACCAUCUCCAGGCUACCGUAAAGAGAUGGCUAUCUACUACGUGGUCUACUUCGUUGUGUUUCCGUUUUUCUUUGUCAACAUUUUUGUGGCCUUGAUCAUCAUCACCUUCCAGGAGGAGGGUGAAAAGCAGGCGCUAGAAUCCGGCAUUCUAGACAAAAACGAGAGAAACUGUAUAGACUUUGCCAUGAAUGCCAAGCCUAUGACCAGAUAUAUGCCCGAGAACAAGAAGUCCUUCCAGUUCAAGAUGUGGAAAUUCGUGGUCUCCCCCGCGUUCGAGUAUUUCAUCAUGGCUAUGAUCGCUCUGAACACCGUCGCCUUGAUGUGCAAGCAUUACCAACAGACAGUAGCUUGGGAUCAAAUUCUCAACUACUUCAACAUUGCCUUCACUUCGUUAUUUGGAUUGGAGUGUAUCUUGAAGAUGAUAGGCUUUGGACCAAGGAAUUACUUCCGGGACGCGUGGAACGUGUUUGAUUUCAUCACGGUUGUCGGGAGUGUAACUGACAUCCUUGUGUCCAACUUUGGGGGAGACUUUGCGGACAACUUCAUCAGUCUGAGUUUCCUGAGGCUGUUCCGAGCCGCACGUCUGAUCAAACUGCUUCGGCAGGGGGAGACUAUCCGGACUCUGCUCUGGACAUUUAUCCAGUCUUUUAAGGCCUUACCUUAUGUUGUCCUGCUCAUCGCCAUGCUGUUGUUCAUAUAUGCCAUUGUAGGCAUGCAGGUUUUUGGUAACAUAGCUCUAGAUGAUGAUACUGAGAUCCACAGGCAUAACAACUUCAGAACCUUCAUACAAGGGCUCAUGGUUCUAUUCAGGUGUGCGACAGGCGAGGCGUGGCAGGAAAUCAUGCUGUCCUGCCUGCCGGGAGCGAUGUGUGACCCGCAGAGCGAGAACGGGCCUGUGCCACAAUGUGGCAGCGAAUUCGCCUACUUCUACUUCACAUCCUUCAUCUUCCUCUGCUCCUUCUUGAUGUUGAACCUGUUCGUUGCUGUCAUCAUGGACAACUUUGACUACUUGACACGGGACACGUCCAUCCUAGGCCCCCACCACUUGGAAGAGUACAUCCGAGUCUGGGCUGACUUCGACCCAGGAGCAACUGGCAGGAUAUCAUACACUGAUAUGUUUGACCUGCUGAAGCAACUCAAUCCGCCGCUGGGCUUCGGAAGGAAGUGUCCUGCUAGAGUGGCCUACAAGAGGUUGAUCCGAAUGAACAUGGCUGUAGAUGACAACAAGACCGUGCAUUUCACCACCACCCUGUUUGCCUUGAUACGGACUUCUCUCAACAUCAAGAUAGAUAAACCUGAGCUACAGAAUAAGGCGGAUCGGGAGCUGAGAGACGCCUUAAUCAACACCUGGCCGCAGGUGCCCAGGAAAACCAUCGACAUGCUCAUGCCGCCUGAAGAAGAGCUGCGGAAAGACCGGCUCACUGUGGGUAAAAUCUACGGAGCUCUGCUACUACAUGACUACUUUAAACAGUGGAAGGCAAAGAAACUCAAGGAGCAGACCAGAGGAAGGGGCAACAAGGUACAACGACAGAGCUCAUUUUUCCAGAGAAUGAUCAACACCUUUACUCCCUCCAAAGAGGAUGUAAGGGGAGAGAACUCAGCCCCUGCUAUACCAGGUGCCCAACAGCCUAAACUUUUUGGUGGAAACACAAACCUAAAUGUGGCAGAUGUUGGCAACCCACAUCCAACUGCCACUCCUAGUAGCUCCAACAAUCCAAACCACUCACAGGCCAUUGAGAUGAGACCGUUGGAGAACAACACUCUAACUAUUGAGACAGAACCUUCAAGGUCAACCUCCAUGCCCAAGUUUGUACCACAGUAUAAUAGGGAUGGUGUAAGGAGGUCAGUGUCCAUGCAGCCCAAUGGUAGGACAGCUGGACAUUAUUCAGAAGAUCCUUUGGGCAUAUUGAACACAGCCCAGUACACGCCAGAAGCUAAGCUUGCCUACAUCCUUGCCUUCUGUGACUACCAACACAUCCCGCUACACUACCUACGGGAGGGUUACCGGAAGCUGAACACCGUCGCCCUGAGCGAGGCGGUUCUCAGCGUGGGCCACGAGCUCGGGGCCGAGAGCGUCGACUUCUACGCCAAUGUCAAGCUGCUGACCCAGACGCAGUACCUUGUCAAGGAGGACACGCCCAAGGCCAUGGUUUCGAUGCGGCCGCUGACCCAGAAGCGGGCGAGAGGUGCGCUGUCCAACGGCGAGAUCCGGCUCUACAUCAACUGUUUAGCCAUGACCAUUGUGCAGCAGUAUCGUGACGGCGGCCGGGCGGCUGUGCAGGACGCACUGUACGAACAUGCGGAGCAGGUCCUGUUAUAUAGCGAGAACUACGGCGUAUGUGGUAACCUGGACCAGGCCGUUGACCUCCUGAUGAACGCAGACGAGGUUCUGGGCAGCUCGCGGGACGGUCCGGCUGCCAAGAGCAGAUACCCCGAACCCUCCAACCUCUGGCUCAUUGCCGAGAGGCUUGACUGCUGCGACAGCUUUGCCAAGGUGUUCACGGACAAGGGUGACUUCACGAGUGCGUCGACGUGGAUCGCUCGAGCGGAGGGCCUCCUGCGGACGCCGGGGCUCGUCGGUGUGCAGCGCUACACCGAAAACGUCGCCAUCUACUACCGACACGUCCUGGACAGCACCAUCGAGAGGUUCUAUAUCGCGCAGGAUGACUACCGCAAGGGCACGGCGUACUACGCCCAGAUGAUGUCAGAGAUGGACAAGACGAACGUGCGGUUUGCGUUCAUGCAGUCGCAGUACUGGUCCAUGCGCGUGUCAGAACUGGAGGAGCCUGACAUUGACCUGCUGGAGGAGGCAGCACACAAAGUCCUCAGAUCUCAGGCCAUACUGGUCCGUAAAGUAGGCAAGAAGCACAGUAGCUAUGCCUGGAACUGUCGCAUCCUGGCCGCCAUCCUGGCCCGUAUGGACGACCGGCUAGAAGAGGCCCUGGACAAACUGGAGGAGGCAGAAGCCAUUCAGCAGACAACUUACCCCAACCACGAACAACUGGGACAGACCUGCUAUCUACAAGGCUUGGUGUACCUGGACAUAGACAGACUGCAGGAGGGGAGGGAGUACCUCCAGGCGGCGAUGGAGUACUUCGGGCCACAGCAUCCGCGAGCGCUCACCAUCAUUCCUCUACUCAUGGGGGAACUAGGCGGGUACUCCGAUGCCUAGUUAGAUACUGUAACUCCUCACUUUAUGUGAAAGUACCAGUAAGUUCACGGUCACAGAGAAAAAUGCUAGUGCUCACAGAAAAAGAAAGUCAGCAAUUUGUUUGUUAAUGAUAAUGAUAUAUAACUUUGCGGUACAGAAGUGAGAUACUGUAUUUCACUUUAUGUUCACUGCAAAAAGUAAUCAGAUUCUGAAGUAGUUAAGUCUUCUCUCAAACAUUGACAACUGUCUUGUACAGUACCGGUAUAUUACAAAACAUUCAGGACUGGUGUUACAAAUAUACAUAAUAUUUUCAUGUAUAUUUGGCACAAUUCAAGCCCGCAACUCUAUACAUGGCAAUUUGUAUUGCAUACAUCACAAACUUGACUUGAACUUUUUACUUGCGCUUGCCUAAUUUUUUGGGUUUUUUUGGUGGACUGGAAAAAUUUUUUUUAAAUUAUCGUGUCAGUAUUAUGUGAUAAAAAGAUGUAGUUUCAUCUUUCCACAAAAAUCUUUAUUUGGCUCUUUUAAAGUGAUGUGUUGGUGCUACAACCAAAGGCUUUAGGUGUAGGUAUACAUGUGUAAGCACUCAAUAUUUAACUAAGACAGAUUUCAUCUUUUCUACAUCUACAUACUAUAAAUAUACAGAAGAAUCAGUACAAGUAUUACUUCACUAAGAUGCCAAGUUGUAAAAUUUUUAAAGUUUUCAAAAAUAUACAGUGUUAAGACCACACAUGUUGUACAAUUGCAAUCUGAGGGAAUUUUGGGGAUAGUCAAGCCCAUGUCAGGCAAAAUUCAGCCGCCUUGCUACAAGAAGACUGCCUCAAAUCAUUUUUUUUCAGUUGGUUCUGUCCAGACUUCCUUCAAAAUGCUACAGCAUCAAAAUCGUACAAAAACCUACAGCUAACGUAACCACACCAUAACAGUACCUGGGGUUUAAUAGGGAAAUACCAGUUGUAUUUGUAAAAGGAAAAGUAACACAGUUCAAAUGCUGCUAAGUCUUGUGAAUAAUACAUUUGUACUAACUUAGGCAGAACAGGUAAUACAGCUAUUUUAUAAUAUUCUUCUGCCUCUUUGCAUGUGGGAACUUUGAGAGGAAUAAGGCAAGGCUAUCGCUACCUGUACAAUCAUGCAGUAUAAAUUUUGUGUUUUGAUUUUGAAUAACAAUCAUGUUUAUCAGGUACCACAUAUUCAACCAGGAACGUUUUUCACACUAGAUGUGUUCAUUGUAGGAAAAGUAUUUCACUCUGUGUUAGGGAACAGAGUAAUUCAUGGAAACUUUUGUCUUCCAGAACAUAGCUUUUUUACCAUGAUUUUGGGAUGGAAAAGAUGUAUUGGGAAUAUGAGAAAAAUCAUGUUACAUGUGCAUUGUAUCAAGGUAAUGAUUAUGUUUACUAUGAUACUAGGUAUAACUACUAAGGUGUAA